AUGUCUGACAGUGGUGACGAAUACGAAAGGAGGGAGGACAUCCUUCUGCAGGAUGAUAUUAACCUGGCGGGGGCCAAUGUUAAUGGAGUGGACACUGAUCCGUGCGGUUAUUACGCAUCGCUUGGCGUGUCGCAGGACUCCUCGCAGGCAGCGAUCCGCCGUGCGUUUCUCCAAUUAAGUCAAAUUUUUCACACAGAUAAGCACGUUGGUGAGGACGAAGAAAUUCAGGCACUUAUGAACGAGCGAUUCCAGCAACUGAUGGAGGCGUACUCUGUGCUUUCUGACGAAGGGAAGCGGGCUGCGUAUGAUGCAAGCGGCAAGUUGGGUCUUAACCGCUACUCGCUCAUUCCCAAAGAGAUCACACAGAGAGAAGAUAUUUUGCGUUACAUGUCUACUCUGGAGAGGGAAGCAGAACUGUUGAAGCUAUCGAAAUUGCUCUCUGCUAGUUCUAGGACUACCGUCUCGUAUUCUGUCGAUCAUCUCACAAAUUCCAUGUGGAAACUUGGAACUUCUGCAAAUGAUACUUUGCAGCAGCAGAGUAAUGGUGUUGAUACUGAGGAGGCAGGUACUGACGAGGGGGAGACGGAGACACCUCCUAAAGGUGACAUAGCGGAUGCGGCAAACGGGGCGGAAGGAAGCAGUGCGCAACCUGUUCCACUCAACACGAGUGUCGCCGUACGAGAAGUGCAGCUAGAUGGAAAGAACUUACUUGUGUUAAUUCCCGGAGAUGAGGUGCAGCAGCAGUUGCGGCAGCAGUUACAGCAUUCGACUGGUGGUGGCAGUGGAGGGUCAGCGGCUCCUCUCAGCCCUGAGCAGCGCUUUGGUGGGGUCCCACUUGCAGCGAAAUUACUGCUUGGGUUGUUACCCCGAAAACUCCAUUUCGAACACUCCAUCCACCACUAUGCAUCGCCGUCAUUUAGUGUGCGAACGAAAACGGAAGCCCAGCACGAGGGGAUGCGAUCGGUUUUGCGGUGUACAGCGAUAGCAUCCUAUCAACCCAAUCCAGUGACAUUAUAUUCUAUUUCGUGGCGCCUGUCUGUCGCGAGGUUGCACAUCGCUUGUACUUGGGAGCGCAUACUCAACAACUUGUGGAGACUUAAAUCAAAACUGGUACUGUUCAACACCCAGUCUCUACUUCCCAUGUAUGAGCUGUCUCUUAAACGGAUGCUGGCUGCUGGGUUGGAGAUCGAAAACACGUGGGUUAUGUCAAUGAGAAACAGGGGCUUGUUCAGAACUACGAUAGGGCAAUCUACGCCUGAAGGUGCGCAACGAGGUCUGCAGUUUCUUGUUGGUUAUCGCAGUGCAAAUGUUUCUCUUUUCAGCACUGCGCCUGUGGUGUGGGGGGGAGGGGAACCAGGCUGUGGGGGUGUUUCGAGGGGCGUGUUGGAGCAUUCAGUGAGCGUAGAUGCGUUGCGGGGCAGAGCGCACGUUGGCUUCUCCUCAUGGUAUACUAUUUCGAAGUAUAAUCGGAUUGGGGUCGGUUUUUCCACGGCCCUUCCAUGUCCUCGUGGUCUUUCGAGGUACGUCUCGCCAUUUGUGGACCACCCCGAAUACCUUUCUAUCAAUGAAAUGUCAUUUCUCUUAGGGAGGGGUGACCAUCUUAUUCGGAUCCCUGUCGUCGUUUUCCACUCACCGAAAGUUCAAAGCGCCUUACUGUGGUUGACAGCUCCGGUGUUACUUUAUCGUAUUGGGCGGCUUGUUAUGCGACCAUAUCAAUCGGCUCGCAUGGCGGCUCUGUAUCGUCAAAAUCGUUUGGACCAUCGAACAGAGAUGGAUGUGGCCCGUGUGCGUGCCACUCACGAACAAAAGGCAUUGCAGAGCAGCUCCCUCCGCAGUCGUAUGGCGGAGGAGCAAAUCGGUGGACUUGUUAUAAUCAAUGCGAGAUAUGGCGUGCUUCAGCCGCGCUACCCGGAGUCGUUGGUUUUGCCACCGAAACAACCGAAUGCCGCGGGUAACCGUUCUGAAGUUAGUGGAAGGCAACGGCAGACGUGGUGGAGGUUUUGGCGGGCGGGGAGGGGGACCCCCACGCCUUCGGAGUCCGUGACCGUGAACGGUAAAAAAAAAGACGAAGGUGAAGAAACCGAAGGCGAUUCAUCAUCCUCAGUACUUGUGUUGGACGUAACGGUGCCGCUGCAAAACUUUGUUCGAGACUCUCAGCUUGUACUUCCAGAGGGAUCCAAGAGUAAAUUGGUUGGUUUCACCGACCCUGAUCCCUUUACACGGGAAAGAAAGCAACUUAAAAUUGUUUAUAGGUUCCAGCGUCGGCGACAUGUGGUUAUUUUAGAUGAUGAAGAUAUCGUUCGACUGCCACAAAGGGAACAUUUGGUUGAGUCGUAG